AUCAAUGAAUUCUGUGGAAAUUUCAUUGGGAAGGUUUUUCCUACAUAUAAUCAUCCCAUCUGUUUUUCUCUCGUACCAAAUUUUCCUAUCUUCCCCGGCAAAAAAAUGGCAGCCACCAUACUUCUUUUGCUGUCUCUAUUACCGGUACACUUCUUGCUUGGCUCCCAUGCGGAAAACAUAAGCUUAGGGUCCAGCUUCGACACCAACACAAAUUCGUCUUGGCUCUCACCCUCAGGCGAGUUUGCUUUCGGGUUCUACCCUCUCGCUGGUGGCCUGUUUCUUGUUGGAAUUUGGUUCGAUAAAAUUCCUGAGAAAACCGUUGUUUGGUCAGCAAAUCGGGAUGAUCCAGCCCCUGCUGGAUCCUCCAUCAACUUCACGGUCGCUGGAAGCCUUGUGAUGACGGUACCCAACGGAACCGUCACCCAAAUAUACAACGGCGACACCAAUGCUGCAAAUUCAGCUUCCUUGCAAAACAAUGGCAACCUUGUCUUAUGGAGCUCUGUUUCGAGGGUCCUCUGGCAGAGCUUCGAACAUCCAACAGACACCCUCUUACCGGGACAAACGAUUCCUGCCGGAGACACCAGGCUUUUCUCCAACACGAAUGGAACCGUGGACUACUCAAAGGGAAAUUUCCAGCUGGAGGUGCAGUCCGUCGAUGGAAAUAUGGGGCUGUUUGCAUUCCGAUUCUCAGAUAGUGGUUACUGGUGGUCUAAUACAACUCAACAGACAAACGUCAGUCUUGUUUUUAACGAGACUACCGCGUCAAUGUAUAUGACCAAUUUAACUUCAAUCAUCUUCCGGAUGACUCGAGAUGUGCCUACACCAGUUAACAUCUACUACCACCGAGCAACCAUUGAAGAUACUGGGAAUUUCCAGCAAUACGUUUACAAUAAGGUAAAUGGCACAGGGUGGAGAAGCAUCUGGAGAGCAAUUGAAGAACCUUGCACUGUUAAUGGUAUUUGCGGUGUUUAUGGAUACUGCACUUCUCCCCGUAAUCAAAACGCUACUUGCAGCUGCCUUCCUGGUUAUUCUCUUAUUGAUCCCAAUAUCCCUUCCAAAGGAUGCCGCCCAGAUGUUCCUGUGGAACAGUGCGCAAACACCCCAUCUGAGACAGAGUAUCGUGUAGAAGUGAUCGAUGAUGCUGAUAUUAAAAACGAUAUAUUUGCAGAGUUGACUCGAUUGUAUGGUUAUGAUUUAGAUGGAUGCAUAAAGGCAGUCCAGGAUGAUUGCUAUUGCGUGGCAGCUACGUAUACAACCGACAAUGUUUGUCGCAAGAAAAGGAUUCCUUUUAUGAAUGCCAGGAAGAGCAGCCCUUCUACUGAUGGGAUACAAGCUAUCAUCAAGGUGCCAGUGAAGACUGAUGUUCAAAUAGCGGGGAAGAAAGAGCCUCGUUCUCAGAUGAUUCUGAAGGUAUGCCUUUCCAUAAGCGCCAUUCUUGCUUUCCUAUUCGCUGCCGCUGCAAUAUAUAAUCACCCUAUAGCUAGACGAUCCAGAGCAAGAAAAGUCCUUGCAAACCCUGCAGAGAUCAACCUGAACAAAUUCACAUAUAGGGAGUUGCAUGAGGCAACCGAUGGGUUCAAAAACAAAAUCGGAAGAGGAUCAUUCGGGACAGUAUAUAGUGGGAUUCUAAAUUUAGAGGAUAAGCAGAUCAAGAUUGCUGUGAAGAAGCUGGAGAGAGUGAUGGAACAAGGUGACAAAGAAUUUCUGACAGAGGUGAGGGUAAUAGGCCAAACCCAUCACAAAAAUUUAGUCAAGCUGUUGGGUUUCUGUGAUGAGCAAAGUCACAGACUUCUAGUCUAUGAGCUGAUGACAAAUGGGACUCUGUCUGGUUUUCUAUUUGCCGAGGGUGAGAAACCAUGCUGGGAUCAUAGAGCUCAAAUAGUUCUGGCAAUUGCACGUGGGCUCUCGUAUUUACAUGAUGAAUGUGAAACCCAGAUCAUCCACUGUGAUAUAAAGCCCCAGAACGUGUUACUUGAUAGUCAAUUCAAUGCCAAGAUUGCAGACUUUGGCCUGGCGAAGCUACUGAUGAAAGAUCAGACUAGAACAAGCACCAAUGUGAGAGGAACAAUGGGAUACAUGGCACCAGAAUGGCUCAAAAAUGCUCCAGUGACGGCCAAGGUUGAUGUCUACAGUUUUGGGGUGCUGCUGCUUGAGAUCAUAUGCUGCAGAAGGCACAUAGAGCUGAACCGGGUUGAGGAAGAAUCGGAAGAAGAUGACCUUAUUCUCAUGGAUUGGGUUCUGACUUGUGUGAGAAAGGGUAAGCUAGAGGCGGUGGUUAAGCAUGAUCCAGAAGUGUCGGAUGAUUUCAAAAGGUUCGAGAGAAUGGCAAUGGUUGGUUUGUGGUGUGUUCAUCCGGACCCAGUUCUACGUCCAACCAUGAAGAAGGUGAUUCAGAUGUUGGAAGGCACAGUGGAGGUGGCCGUCCCACCCCUGGUCCAUGCCCCAACAUUCUGAAUUCUACAUCUUUGAAUUUUAAGUCUUAGCCAGCAGCCCCUGUAUCACAUUUGAAGCUUGGAAUUUAUGUCUUGUUCUUCUUUUCAU